ACAAACACUUGGUUUGAGUAAAACGCCGUCGUUCCCAGUGUCGUUCACUUCUCUUUCUCUUUCCCGCUCCGCAAUCCUCUUUUCUUCCACAAACCCAACUAAACUUUGGGGUUUAGGGUUUUUCUCUCUCCUCUACAAUCCAAUUUCUCCAUUUCUCCCUCUCUCUCCACAAUCCAGUCACAAUGAUGUACAAUGAUCCUCAGCACCAGCACCAGCACCAGCACCAACAGCACCAGCACCAGCACCAGCAGCACCAGUACCAGCAACAACAGCAGCAGCAACAACAGCAUUUCCACCACCAGCCGCCGGGUCCGGAGUUCCACCGCGGUCCUCCGCCACCGUCGCAACCGCCGCCGGUGAUGCGCCAAGGCUCCGCCUCCUCCACGAAUGUUGCCCCCGAGUUUCACCACCCCGGCCCCGGAGGACCACCUCCUCCUCAUUACGAUGUUCACGGUGAUAGCCAUGGUGCAAAAAGAAUGCGAAAGCUUACUCAAAGGAAAGCAGUUGAUUAUACAAGCACAGUUGUGCGUUAUAUGCAGAUUCGUAUGUGGCAGCGGGAUUCAAGGGAUAGGACAGUACUGCAACCCACCCCGGCAGCAGCAAUUGAUAUGUUGCCAGCAGUUGGCUAUCCAGACAAUCCAUCUACAAGCUUUGCUGCAAAAUUUGUUCAUACAUCCCUAAAUAAAAAUCGUUGCCCCAUUAAUCGCGUUCUUUGGACUCCAACAGGCCGACGACUUAUUACUGGCUCACAGACUGGGGAAUUCACUCUUUGGAAUGGACAAUCUUUUAAUUUUGAAAUGAUUCUUCAGGCUCAUGAUCAAGCAAUCAGAUCCAUGGUCUGGAGUCACAACGACAACUGGAUGGUCUCUGGUGAUGAUGGAGGGGCAAUAAAGUAUUGGCAGAACAACAUGAACAAUGUUAAAGCCAACAAAUCUGCUCAUAAAGAAUCAGUCCGUGACUUGAGUUUCUGUAGGACAGAUUUGAAGUUUUGUUCGUGCUCUGAUGAUACCACAGUUAAAGUUUGGGACUUUGCACGUUGUCAAGAAGAGUGUUCAUUAACUGGCCAUGGUUGGGAUGUGAAGAGUGUGGACUGGCAUCCUACAAAAUCCCUAUUAGUAUCAGGUGGGAAAGACAAUCUUGUGAAACUUUGGGAUGCUAAAACAGGGAGAGAGCUUUGCUCAUUUCAUGGCCACAAAAAUACUGUGCUGUGUGUCAAAUGGAAUCAAAAUGGUAAUUGGGUGUUAACAGCUUCAAAGGAUCAAAUAAUAAAGCUUUAUGACAUAAGAGCAAUGAAGGAGCUUGAAUCAUUCCGUGGACAUCGCAAGGAUGUUACUGCUUUGGCAUGGCAUCCAUUCCAUGAAGAAUACUUUGUCAGUGGGAGUUAUGAUGGUUCCAUCUUCCAUUGGCUUGUCGGACAUGAAACUCCACAAAUUGAAAUUUCCAAUGCUCAUGAUAAUAAUGUUUGGGACCUUGCAUGGCAUCCUAUUGGAUACCUUCUGUGCAGUGGCAGCAGUGAUCAUACAACCAAAUUUUGGUGCAGAAAUAGGCCAGGAGACACUGCACGUGAUAGAUUUAACACUGGCAUGCAAGGAUAUCCUGACCAAAAUCCUGUUGCUGGUCGUAUGGGUGGUAAUUUUCCUAUAGCUGAAGGCCCAACAACUCCAGGACCAUUUGCCCCUGGGUUGACUCGAAAUGAGGGUACCAUUCCAGGUGUUGGAGUUGCAAUGCCCUUAUCUAUUCCUUCUCUUGACAUGCCUCAAGGGGAGCAGAAGCAGCCACAUCCUGUUUCAAUGGGUGCUCCUCCUCUUCCCCCAGGUCCACAUCCCUCUCUUCUUACUGCCAACCAACAACAACCAUACCAACAAAAUCCUCAGCAGAUCCCUCAACAUCAACACCAGGCUCUACCUCCGCAGAUGGGUCCUUUGCCUAUACCUCCAAAUAUGCCACAACUACAGCACCCUUCCCAUUCGCCCAUGGUCCCUCACCAACAUUUGCCUCGCCCUCCGCCCCAAAUGCCUAUUGGCAUGCCAGGAUCUCUACCAGGGAUUUCAUCAGUGCCGACGUCACAUGCAAUGCCAAUGCCAGGUCCAAUGGGGAUGCAAGGAGCGAUGAAUCAGAUGGGUACUCCAAUGCCACAAGGUCCUUAUGUGGGCAUGAAUCAGAUGCAUUCAGGAUCCUUGCCUACAAGUGGAGGGCCACCUCUUGGUGGUUUUCCAAGCAACUUACCUAAUAUGCAAGGGCCAUCAAAUGCCAGUUAUCCUCAAGGUGCUUCAUUUAACAGACCUCAAGGUGGGCAAAUGCCUAUGAUGCAGGGGUAUAAUCCUUACCAGUCUGGUAAUCAAUCUGGGAUGCCUCCAAACGCACAACCAGGGGCAUCACACUCUCAAAUGCCACCAUAGAAUAGGAAAUUGCUUUCUUUAUAGCUGUAAUUUCAUCCCUCAUGAUUUCGGUCCCUUUUUGUGUAAUUCAUGUUUUAAUCUGCUGCUGAAGUUUCGGAUAGAAAAUUGUGUUCCCUUUUGCCGUCAAUUAUUUGUAAUUUUUUCCCGUUUGAUGU